UUCGAGCGGGGUAAGACCUCCACUGGACUCACGCGAUUCCGUUGCGUUCGGGGCACCAACAGCACGGAGGGGUACCACCGAUAUCUCAAAACCCUCGUGGCGUACUUCUGCGCAUCUCCGGAGGUGUGGGACACGGUCUUGAUGGAGUUCAACCACCGUUGGAACAUCAGCAGGGCAGUCGAGAACCGCGGCAUGGCAGCGGAGAUUGGGGGUUUCAGCCACCAGUACAUGAUCGACCACAUCCAGCGUGCCACUGCUGAGUGGUACCCUGAUCAGCCGCUCUUCUCCGGGUGGGUUGCUCCGGAGGACUUCGAAGACAGCGGCGAGAGGACAGGCUUGGCAGCCAGCGUACUGACGUUCGAUGGCAAGCCGGCGGGGGCGGACAUCGAGGACAGCUUCAGCCCAGAGCCAUCCGACGGAGGUGCCACCAGCACCGACAUGAACGGCAGCGUCGACCACAAACUGCAUGCCCUCCAGCUGCUUCCCUCCGCUCGACACCUGGCGUCUCUGAUGCACUUCUCGACCCCGGUUACGCCGGUCAGCACGCCUGCAGAAAAAGUGAACUUUCGAAAUGAGAUAUUCCAGUACUUACGACCAAGUGGUGGUUCAUCGUCUCGUGACCACCAGAGGAUUGACUUCUCCAAAAUGGUUGACUGGAACCGAUGGUGCCAGCGCAUCGAGUCGGGCCAGGAAGAAUAUGCGUCCAUCAAGAGGAAGACGACGGGCCACCUCCAGAACUACUACAAGCAAUUCACGAGUCGGACGAACUCCUUCAACACCCUUGAGCCCGUUCACUAACCGAUUGGACGGCUCACGGCUUCGCUGAGGCAACCCGAUGAUGCCGUCGGAUCCGUCCGCUCGCCGCAAAUGCCUGCCCCCGACCGUGGUGUCGGCGGCCUACUGACUGCUUCCGCCGCGGUCGCGGACGCCGCGAUGGCGGCGGGGGCGGCGGGGGCGGCGCGGGCGGCGUUGCCGCAGUUCAGGGCCUGCACCGAAUGCGGACACCACAAGGGUGCAUACCCUGCUGAACACCCUGGGAAUCGAAAGGUUCAGCGCCCCAGCCCGACGUUGACCCGGUGAAAAAAUGUUUAGUGGACCAGAGGUUGCGGCGUCCAGAGUCGGACAAAGUCUGGAACCCUAAGCGAAGAAAGAGGACGUUUCUGCCCUGCCCGUGCGAUGUAUGCAAGGGCUCAUACGCACACGUGGAGGAUGGUGAUGGUUAGCCUGUACUGCCGGGUCGAGAAGUGCUGGACACAUGUAAAAAAAGUAAAUAUUUGCCUACCGGUUCGAAAGGCCGUUCGGUCAGUUAAGAGUGCACUAGUUAUACGGCAGUCGCCCAGAAUUUCGGAUGGUAAAGGAAAUUAACAAACGGCCCACGAUUGAGACAUCAGAUACACAACGGCUGCCCAGGCGAUGUGUGCGUGUGUGUGUGUGUGUGUAUUCAUUAUUAGCAUCGACCGCGCUAACCGGCUGACCAAUUAAAAGACGUCAGUGCCAGCGGGUAAAAAUCAAGGUCCCUGGAAGGGGGCCAAAAUUUGAAAAAUACGCAAUGCGCUUGAUGCGAAUGCCAAUACGACUCUCUCCACAUGUUCUUUCACGUAGACACACAUCUCAGCUACACAAAUGCAUUCGCUCGAAUCUAGGAAGCCACUGAUGCAAAGAGUGGAGUACAGCAAAAGGGUUAUUUCAAGCCCAGCCGAAGCCAGGAUAUCGUGGUAUGCUGCAUCUCCCAAUUUGAUGAUCGUACACUCCCAAGAUCCAACAUCAUCGUGUCAGCAGCUAGAUGACUCAAACAAAAUAGCAAUACAC